UAUAUACACGCACAACCACUCACUCACUCAGGUGCCGUCCGGUGCAGAGCCAGGUAGAGUUACAGCCUUCCAGCAAGAAAAACCCAAGACACAAAAUCAAGAGGUGAGGUCCAGCCAUGGAGGGGGCGAUGGUGGAGUGGUGGCCAUGGUUCGGAUCGGCAGUGGCGAGCACCAUCUUCCUAUGGUCCAUGGUGCAGAACCACAUCCCGGACGCCCUCCGGCUCAACCUCGCCGCUUUGGCCGCCAAGCUCACCGCCUACUUCAACCCUUACCUCCAGAUCACCAUCUCGGAGAACGGCGCCCAGCGCUGGAAGCGAAGCGAGCUCUUCCUUGCCGUCGAGGCCUACCUGAGCGACGCAUGUGCCUGUCGCGCGCGCAGGCUCAAAGCCGAGCUCGGCAAGGACAGCAAGAACAUCCAGGUCUCCAUCGACGACCACGAGGGGGUCACCGACGACUUCUCCGGCGCCACGCUCUGGUGGCACGCCUCCAAGCAGCGACCCAAGUCCAAUGUCAUCAGUUUGUACCCUGGCGAGGACGAGAAGCGCUUCUACCGGGUCACCUUCCAUAAGCAGCACCACGACCUCGUCCUCGAUUCUUACCUGCCUUUCAUCCUCGGCGAGGGCCGCACCGUCAUCAUCAAGAACCGCCAGCGCCGCCUGUUCACCAACAAAGCCAGCGGCAGCUCGAGCCCUUACGGGGCCAAGAGCGCCUGGAGCCAUGUACCGUUCGAGCACCCGGCGACCUUCGACACCCUUGCCAUGGACCCCAAACAGAAGGAGGACGUCAUCGAUGACCUCAUGGCGUUCCAAGAGAGCAAGGAGUACUAUGCUAAGGUCGGCAAGGCGUGGAAGCGCGGGUACCUCCUUUACGGCCCGCCCGGCACCGGCAAGUCCACUAUGAUAGCCGCCAUGGCCAACUUCCUCGACUACGAUGUCUACGACCUCGAGCUCACGGCCAUCAACAACAACACCGAGUUGCGGAAGCUCUUCAUCGAGACGACGGGCAAGUCCAUCAUCGUCAUAGAGGACAUUGACUGCUCCGCCGACCUCACCGGAAAACGCCGCAAGGACAAGAAGGCCUCUCGCGACAAGGACUCUGAUGGCAACGACAAACCCAAGCUACCAAUCGAGCCAGAGAAGGAUGACGCGACCAAGGUGACGCUCUCUGGCCUGCUCAACUUCAUCGACGGGCUGUGGUCUGCGUGCGGCGGCGAGCGGAUCAUCAUCUUCACCACCAACUACAAGGAGAAGCUGGACCCGGCACUGAUCCGGCGGGGCAGGAUGGACAAGCACAUUGAGAUGUCUUACUGCCGCUUUGAGAGCUUCAAGGUACUCGCCAAGAACUACCUGGAUGUCGUCGAGCACGAGCUGUUUGGGGAGAUUCAGCAGCUGCUCGAGGAGACUGACAUGUCGCCCGCUGACGUGGCAGAGAACCUCAUGCCCAUGUCCAAGAAGAAAAAGAGGGACCCUGACGUAUGCUUGGCAGGCCUCAUCGAGGCGCUCAAGCAGGCCAAAGAAGACGCGGCGGUCGCCAAGGCGAAGGAGGAAGAGGUGGCCAAGGAGGCUGAAGCGAAGAAAGCCAAGGAGAAAGAGGAGGCUGAAAUGAAGAAAGCCAAGGAGAAAGACCAAGGGAAGGACAAAACAUCAGAGGAAGCCAUUGGAGACAACAUGCAAGCUGACAAGAUACAGGAGUAGAGUGAGACUACAUGCUCCGUGACCAAAAGACGCAGUGUUGGUUCAGAUAAGACAUAUAUCACUCAACUGAAAUAAAAUAAUGUAGCUUCCUUUUGUCAUUUGCUAGUUCAUGCAUGAAGCGACUGUUGUAAUGUUGCUAUAGGUAGAGGAAGUAGUACAAUACUACAUUAUCCCAACACUGUGUAUUUGUAAAUGCAGAAGGAAACUAAGAUUGUUUGCAUAAA